AUGCGUUGUGUGGACGUGCUGGUGCUGGUACUGGCCCUGGCAGGCCUGUCGAUGGCAGCUGCCGAAAAGAUAUCUGUGAAGGGCAACCAGUUGGUCAAUGAGAAGGGGCAGCCGCUGAAACUGCGCGGAAUCAACUACUUCGGGUUCAACAACGGUCAGACCAUGGUGUACCGUAUGCAGCUGCUGGGGUUCAAUGCGGUGCGGCUGCCCUUCUCCUUCAAGGACUUUAACCUAAAGGGGCGCACCGACUACAUCUGGUGCCGCGAGGCCUCGGCCUCUGAGAUCCGCAGGACCGUGUCGCCGCCAGGCUUCGUCCCCUGGUCGAAGCCGCUGCCACCGCCGCGGGCGCCGCUGCUGGUGGGCGGGGGCCGCUGCAACAUCGGCAUGCCCAACAAUGUGUUUGACCGGUUCCUGUGGGUCAUCAACUACUUUGCCAAGGCCGGGUUCAAGAUCGUGAUUGACAACCACGUUUGGCUGGAGGACCCCACCGCCUACGAGAACCCUAAGCUGUGGGUUGACUCCUGGCAGAAGCUGGCCGCAGCUGUCAGCAAGGAUCCCAUCUCACGUGGUGUGGUGAUGUACGACCUGGUCAACGAGCCCGACAACAAGCGCAUCUUCUGGACCGAGCGCAAGGGGCGGCCCUCCCUGGCCAAGCUGUACUUUGAUGCAAUGGACGCCAUCCAGAGGCCCCCCGGGCUGUACAGGCGCAUGUCUGACUCAUUUGGCUACCUCUCCACCAAGGGCUACUGCGGCAAGAACAAGUGCCUGAAGUGGCCGGUGCUGCUGGGAGAGUUCAGCGCACCACACAGUGGCGCACCACAGGACACCAACGCCGUGGAGGGCCUGGUCAAGUACAUAAACAACGAGGGUGACGCCAAGGACGGCCGCCACGAGCCCAUCAACCUUUGGUUCUUCUGGACAUGGAACAACAACAGCCCUGACACCAAUGGUGGCAUUGUAAAGGAGAAUUGGGCUGAUAUUGGUGAGGGCAAGGCCAGGUCCAUGGCUUGA